AUGUCUAAUCAGACUCCCUACAUUGGGAGUAAAAUUAGCCUCAUUUCGAAGCUCGAUAUCCGCUAUGAGGGUAUCUUAUACACUGUUGACACGAACGACUCCACUAUUGCCUUAGCAAAAGUGCGCUCGUUUGGUACUGAAGAUCGUCCUACUCCAAAUCCUGUUGAGGCUCGCGAUGAUGUUUACGAGUACAUUAUUUUCAAGGCGAACGACAUUAAGGACCUCAUUGUUUGCGAGACACCAAAAGUCGCUACUUUGGCUGGAGGGCUGCCCUAUGAUCCGGCAAUAAUUUCUGUUUCUGCACGUACGGGUUCUGCAACAGCAAAUGAACAGCAAGCUUCUGCCGGUUCAUCACGCUCUGAUACACCCCAUCAUCGAGGAAGUCCAAAUUUGGCUCAGGGCAAUCGAGCUCCUGGUGCUGGUCGCAGCUCGGGAGGUCGCGGGAAUCGUGGAAAUUUUGCUCCACCAGGACAGCCAGUUGGCUCAGGAAACCGUCAGUACAACAACGGAUAUCUACGUGGUGGAUAUAAUAACUACGGUGGACAGCGUCCUCGCAACAAUCAAAGUGUAGGGGUGCCUCGCCCCCGUGAAAAGCUGAAGUUUGAUGGGGAUUAUGACUUCGAGAAGGCCAAUGAGCAAUUCCAGGAGCAAUUCUCUGAUAUGUUCAAGGACAAACUCAAGGUUGACGGUGAAAAAAGUGAAGAAGAACAGGGUGAAAAGACUCCUGAGGACACUUACUAUGAUAAGAAAAGUUCCUUCUUUGACCGUAUUAGUUGCGAAGCUCUGGAGAAGGCUGAGGGGAAGAGCGGACGUCCGGACUGGAAGAAGGAAAGAGAAACAAAUCAAGAGACAUUUGGUCAUUCAGCCGUACGUUCCUUGAACUAUCGCCGUGGGUUUGGCCAGCGUGGGCGUGGCGGACGUGGUUAUGGAAGACCAGGUGAUGGCCGUUACGUAAACAACUUCAACCGAGGCUACAACAAUUACCGUGGCGGAUAUGGUAACGGUAACGCGAACCAUCGUGGGCGAGGGUUCAAUAGAGCUGGCUACCAACAGAAUCAGCAGCAGUGA